AUGGCUGCGGCGAUAGCCAGCUCCUUGAUCCGGCAGAAGCGACAGGCGAGGGAGUCCAACAGCGACCGGGUGUCGGCCUCCAAGCGCCGCUCCAGCCCCAGCAAAGACGGGCGCUCCCUGUGCGAAAGGCACGUCCUCGGGGUAUUCAGCAAAGUGCGCUUCUGCAGCGGCCGCAAGAGGCCAGUGAGGCGGAGACCAGAACCCCAGCUGAAAGGAAUUGUGACAAGGUUAUUCAGCCAGCAGGGAUAUUUCCUGCAGAUGCACCCAGAUGGUACCAUUGACGGGACCAAGGACGAAAAUAGUGACUACACCCUCUUCAAUCUAAUUCCUGUGGGCCUGCGUGUGGUGGCUAUCCAAGGGGUGAAGGCCAGCCUCUAUGUGGCCAUGAAUGGUGAAGGCUAUCUCUACAGCUCAGAUGUUUUCACUCCAGAAUGCAAAUUUAAGGAAUCUGUAUUUGAAAACUACUAUGUGAUUUAUUCUUCCACACUGUACCGUCAACAAGAAUCAGGCCGAGCAUGGUUUCUGGGACUCAAUAAAGAAGGUCAAAUUAUGAAGGGAAACAGAGUGAAGAAAACCAAGCCCUCAUCACAUUUUGUACCAAAACCCAUUGAAGUGUGUAUGUACAGAGAGCCAUCACUUCAUGAAAUUGGAGAAAAACAAGGGCGUUCAAGGAAGAGUUCUGGAACACCAACCAUGAAUGGAGGCAAAGUCGUGAAUCAAGAUUCAACAUAGCUGAGAACUCUUCCCUUUGUCCCUCUCUCAUCCCUUCCCUUUCUCCCAUCCCCUUUACCCAUCUCCUUCCAAUAAAUCCACCCAAGGAGAGGAAAACAAAAUGGCAACCCAGGACCUAGUGACUAAGAUUCUGCACUCAAAAAUCUUCCUUUGUGUAGGACAAAGAAAUUGAACCAAAGCUUGCCUGUUGCAAUGUGGUAGAAAGUGCACAUG